GGACAUUUGAGACAUCCCUGAUUUCUUCCUGAUAUCGCGAGAGGCCUGGAGUUUACAACAGUGAGAACAGUUUCACAAGGAACCACUUCCAUCUUCCAGUUAUUUUUACUUCAAAGCUAUCCAAGAUGACGCUAAUCCUGAAAAUCUCCUUCACCUUCACACUGUUCUACACAGCAGACACACUACAGUGCUACACUUGUGAGUCUGAGGAAUGCAGCGAAACAACGUUAGAGACAUGUUCUGGAGGAGAAGUAUGUUCCACCAUGACAACAGUAUUUGGUCAUUUAGGCACCAGAGUCUCUAAGGAAUGCAUAACGAGAGAGGAAACCUGUGUGUUCAUGGAUGCAACAACAAAAACAUCAAUGAGUGGUGGAUAUUCACACACCUCCAAUAUCGCGUACUGCUGCAGCACGGACGGCUGCAACAGAAAUACUCUCCCUGCACUCAAUGACAAGCCCAAUAAACUGCAAUGUUACUCCUGCAAGAGUGAAGAGGAUAAAGUCUGCAACACAACUGUACAAUGUGUUGGAGUUGAAGACCACUGCUUCAAAUACACAGUGCCUGCUCGUGAUGGAAGUAAUGAUGGACGACACCUGGGCUGUGCCUCCGCCAAUGUAUGCCGCAGGUACGAGACAUCCCCCUCUACGCUUAACUUCAACUGCUGUAAGGGGAGUCUGUGUAACAACGCCAUGGACAUUGGACUGAGCUCUCUCCCUCUUCUGCUGGGUCUCCUCAUCAUCUCACUGGUCUAAUUAGUAGGAGGAUGCAUGGUAAUCCCAACCGUUAAGAGUGAUAUGUAUCCACAAGAUCAGGAAAUGUUGGAGGUUCACUUGUUAGUAGGAAUUAGGAAGGAUGAUGAUUUGUAUGAUGCUUUUAAAAUAAAUAGUAAUAAAUAUC